GCAGUUGCCCCCAUACUAUUGAAAAGGAAUGAUGUCAUUGUUAGAAAAGCAAAGGAAACUCCACUGUCUGCAAUCAUUGUGGACCACUGGCAUAAAUCUGAGAACGCUAGCUGAGCCUAAACUGCAGGAGUAAAAGACAAGUUAAUUCAGUAUUUAAUGACUCGCAUAUAGUAAAUGUCUGGGGGACCCCCCUAAUCUGGUAAGUCUGCACAAGUGAGUAUGGAAGAUUAUGACUACCUGUUCAAGAUUGUUUUGAUUGGGAACGCCGGUGUGGGAAAGACCUGCUUAGUUCGCCGGUUUACUCAGGGUCUUUUUCCACCAGGACAGGGAGCAACUAUUGGGGUGGAUUUCAUGAUUAAGACAGUCGAGAUAAAGGGGGAAAAAGUAAAGCUGCAGAUCUGGGACACAGCCGGGCAGGAGAGGUUCCGAUCCAUCACCCAGAGCUACUACCGCAGUGCAAAUGCAUUAAUACUGACCUACGACAUCACGUGUGAGGAGUCUUUCCGAUGUCUUCCCGAGUGGCUCCGGGAGAUUGAGCAGUAUGCCGGAAACAAGGUUGUCACCAUUUUAGUUGGGAAUAAAAUUGACCUGGCAGAGAAAAGAGAGGUUCCCAGGCAAAAAGCAGACGAAUUUGCGGAAGUCCAAAAUAUGCACUACCUGGAGACCUCUGCCAAAGAGGCGGACAAUGUGGAGAAACUUUUCCUGGACCUGGCCUGUGAGCUGAUCAGAGAGGCGAAACAAAACACGCUGGUCAACAAUGUGGCAUCCCCCUUGCCAGGGGAGGGCAAGAGUAUCAGCUAUUUGAACUGCUGCAGUUUCAAUUAAAACCAACACAAGAACCCAUCGUUUGGAAGUGAAAAUGGAAGCCAGUUCUUGGUGUUCGCAUCCUUCGAGGCGUAAAGGUGAUUUCUUGCGCUUCAGCCUGGUAGACCAGUUGUGUUUUUUCUCUCCAGUGAAUAACUGUGCUGUUCUAAGGAGAUGUGGAAUGAACUGACCUGAAUAUGAAGAAUGGUAGACUACAAGGCUUAACACAAGACUUUGCUCUCAAAAACUGAGACAAAUACACACUAAAACCUGUUUGUGAUUUUUUAAAUAUUUUACACAUGGACAAUAGUUCAGCUUAGCUAUAUAUCUAAUGGGUGAAUAAGUCCUGAGCACUAAUAAGGAUAUAUAUGCAACUACUGCUUGUGUGCAAACAGACAAACAUUCUGUGACUUGUGUGUGCUCUCCGAGACACUCCUUACAAAAUCCAACAUUCUUCAAGGAAAACUAAGAUUGAAUUCAUGCUGCUUUUGAAGACUUUAUACCAAUGCCAUAUACAUUUUAAUUUUGCUCAUGGGAACCUUAAUAGGUUACACAACUGCGAACGUUCCUGUUUUGUCAAAUUUGUUUAAUCACCUCGAAGUGAGACAGAACAGUUGGAGAUGACCAUUUGACGGAUACUAUGUAUUCCAUGUGAAGUACUACAGGCACACAUUAUACAGUAAAGAUUGGCAUGCAAUGUUGUUUUCAUUCAGCAAGAAGAGUAUGGUGUGUGUGUGUGUGUGUGUGUGUGUGUAAAAGCUUAUGCAUUUAAACUUAGGACCACAAGUAUUAUUUGCCAGGUGCAGUACUCUUUAAGAAAGUUACCGCUUUAUGCAAGCUGAACAAGGUUUUAAAAAAGCAGACACUUCUGUUUUGCAGUGUUUAUCCUCUUUCACACAGUGUAAUAAGUUACGCAUUAUGUAUCUUCACUAAUGUGCAUUUUUUUCUUUUGACAAAAUGGUUCAAUUAACAAAUUCCUUGAGAAAUGACAACUUAAAACAGAUACUUUAUUUUAAAUACAGUACUGCGAUAGUUUGGAAGAAAAUAUCGUUCUUGUCCAUCAGAUGCAGUAAGAGAUGGUGUGAAGGGAUUUGUAGUAUAUUCUUUAUUUUAGUUUCUUGGUUUUAUAAAACAUGCAGUCUGUGGGUUUUAAACAAACCCUAAGCCUGCAGCUGUGCUGCUUAAACGUAUGAAGGACAAAAUAAGUUGCUUCAUACAUCCGUAUUAAAAGAAGGCUAUCGGUAUCCAUCAUUUUUAAUCCAUGCCUUAUUCUUGAUGCGUUGCAUUCCACUGCAGUAUUCUUUUUAAAUGUUUAAACUGUAUAAAAUUUAUUAAUUCAAAUUUGGAUUAUAUAUCCUGUAUUUCCAUGAAGUUUGUUAGUGUCUAGUGGGCUAGCUGUUUCAAUAUUACUAUAAUUUGUUUGAAUUAAAAGCAGGAUAUUUCAUGUGUGUAUUUUCAGAAUUGGAGAUACAAUUAUUUUAGAACACAUGCUUCAUUUGAGAUGUAACUCAUUUAUUGACACAACAUGCGCAGUUUGUAUUGUAUUAGAUAAAUGUUUGGAUAUGAAUAAUUUUUAGUUGAUAUACGUUUUAAUUAAAGGCUGGCACAGACUGAUAUGAGUGGUUUUCAAUAUUGUUUGAUCCGAUCAUGCCAAAUUUGUUGCUCUGCAAAACAUAUUGUAAUGUUGUUUUAUUUUAAGCAUGUUCUUGCAUAUAUAUGAGUAUUUGAUCAACUAAUACAGGUUUCUAAACUUCAUCUAAGCCAGUUCUAAAACUAGACCAUUCCACAUGGCUCUCUCUUCAUUUUACAAAAGCAAUGCAUUCUGUAUCACUUGUAGUUUACAGAUAUACAUGUAAAAACAAAAAAAACAAAACCUGAUUUUGAAUUAUUUAAUGUCUGAUUUCACAAGUAAAUAGCUAAACUGUCCUCUUUUUGGGGGGUGUAAUUCUCAUAGGUUUACAGACCUAUCAUUAUAAAGUCUGUGACAUACAUACUGUGUUAGAUUAUAUAGGUGUAUGGCAUUAUGCAUUUUCUAAGCUGCUUAACUUCAGUGCUUGGCAUGUACUGUUGAGACAUUCUGAAUGCCUUGUAUUCAUUUCAUUUUCAAGUUGUGAAUUUGAAUGUGAUCUGAAUUUUCAGCAAGUAAAUAUGCAUGCCUCAUUGAUUUCUAUUUCUAUUGCCACUUCGUAGCUUUAUUUUGCAUGUGCCAUGGUGCAAUGACCAUUGAUUUUUUGUUGAAGGCCAUUUCAUUUUAAAACAAAUAUCUAACUGCUUUCCCUUCAACAAAAAGGACAGUGUUCAGUAUACUAUUGAUGAAUUUCCAAAACGGAACAAUGUGAAUAAUAAAUGUUCAUUACAUUGUCGGUCAACACUUUUUUUUUUUUUGUCUGCAAGAAGGUAGAUUUAAUGAAAAAAGUGACCAGAAUGUAUUUUGUUUGUUAGAAAGACUGAAUGUAAAAUAUUCAUAUUUUGAUGUCCAUAUUUUAUUUGUAUUUGCUCACAAGUUUACUAAAUGGAAAAUUGCUUAGUGUAUGAAUAAAUGUGAUAACUAAUCAUGGA